UAGAAACAGAAUUGUGACCUUGACACUUUUACAAAUGUUACUCAAUCUGAGCGACAACGCUGUGACGUCACUUCUCCUCGCAACCUUCUUAUCUCGACGCUGUGCAUUUUAAAAAGCCGAUAAUAUCGAAAUGAUGGAACAGGCCUCCACAAAAAUUAACGCAAUGCCAAAAAAUAAUGAAAUAUACAUAUGCGGGUUCAACAUGUCAAGUCUAUCACCCAACUGGAAACUGGGUGUUUCAGUUGCUGGGAUUUUUAUUUUGUAUAUAUGUUUCGGAGCUUUACAGGAAGCAAUAUUCUCUGCCAAUGAUUUACGAUCCUAUAGUCCAUUCCUUACACUAUAUCAAUUUGGAAUCUACUCAGUUUUAUCAUUUUUGGAACUACGUGCUCAUGGUUAUCUACUAUUCAACCCAUGGAUUCAUCUCUAUGCUAUUGUAGCUGUAUUAACGUUGGGUUCAAUUGCUCUUUCUAAUGCUUCAGUCGGCUUUCUUAACUAUCCAACUCAAGUGAUAUUCAAGUGUUGUAAAAUGAUCCCAGUGCUGUUAGGUGGAGUUCUUAUACAAGGAAGAAGAUAUUCCAUUUAUGAAGUAUUGGCGGUGCUUUUGAUGACGUUAGGUUUAAUUUGUUUUACAUUGGUUGAUGUAUCUAUACAGCCUAAGUUUACUUUGUUUGGAGUUUUUCUAGUUUCGCUCGCAUUAUGCUGUGAUGGAGCUUUGGGUAAUUUUCAAGAAAUUAUCAUGAAAAAGUAUGUUAGAUCAAAUUCAGAGAUUCUGUUUUAUUCGUAUUCAUUGGGCUUUUGUUUGUUGGCUUCCGUUCUAACAAUAUCCGGCAAUUUAUUGCCAUCCUUCUAUUUUUUUAAUGAUCAUGCUUUACAAACUUAUGGUUAUGGUUUUAUAUUUUCAUUGUCCGGUUAUUUCGGUGUACAAUUUGUGCUGUGUUUAGUUCAUUCACAUGGAGCAUUAACUGCUGUUACAGUUACAACGUUUAGGAAAGCUGUUUCAAUCGCCGUAUCAUUUAUUAUGUUUGAAAAACCUUUCUCCCAAGGAUACAUAUGGUCUGGUCUUUUGAUUGUAUUUGGACUUUAUUUAAAUUUGUAUAACAAAAAUCGUUCAUCAUGGAAUACUGCCAUUCUAAACAAAUUGAAAUCUUAUCAUUUAGUAAAAUCUGAUGCAACGUCUAUCUUAACAGCAUAAAUGAAAACAAAAAAAAAGAAAUUAACGAAUACCUUUAUUUUGAAAUAAACACUUCUUUUUCACUUUUCAAUUGUAAAUCCAUAUUUUUAAAUUUUACACAGUUUAGAAAUAGUGUACACACAUGUUUAUUUUUGUAUAGUUAAAUGGUUCCUCUAUUCAAUAUAUAUGUAUAUGCAAAUGAUAUAAAUAUUUAUUUAAAACAACAAUGUUUUGAUCAUUGAACGGCAUGGCUGUGACUGUGAAAUUUCCUAUUUCUUAUUUAUUUGUAAAUUCAACUAUAAAUGUUUGUUAUACACUGUUUAUUGAUUUUAUGUUGAUUUGUUGUUUCUUCUCACAUCAUAUUCUUCCUUUUUAUAUGUUUAUUUCUGUAGAAAAGUGAUUAAUUGAUUCUAUAAAUGUUUUAUUUCGUUUUGACGGGUAAUCCAUAGUAUAUGUUAAUCGACUUCAUUUUUUGUGGUUGCUGUAUUCAUCUUAUAUGUUUUGUAUUAUCACUUUACUAUUGGGAAAGAAUCUAGCCACUAUGGUAUUGUAGACAUUAUAAUGUAUACAAAAUUAUUAUUGAUAAUUUAAAACUUUGUUUCUUUAAAGAAACAAACUUAUCUAAAUGCAAAAUUUUGAAUGUUUUUAUACACUACAUUAGCCAGUGAGUAUAUCCACUAUUGAAAUAAAAAAAACUUGUGGCAAAAAUAAUGAUGUAAAUUAAAUUUUCUUGUACUUGUAUAUGAUGUGUGAGUUAAUCAACGUUGUAAGUUCUUAUUCAUUCAAGAGAAGAUUGGUAUGUUACUAGAUUAUAAAUAAUUCUGUAAAUUUUUUCAUUACAAAGUGAAUGUAACGACGUUAUGAGUUCACAAUCUAAUUACUACAUAACAGUUAAUCAUGAUUUUUCUUAGGUAUUUGUAUAUCAUAAGAGUGUUGAUCAUUUCAUACUUUGCAUAAAAUGAAUGAAGUGUAUAUCGAAUCUGAUCUGAAUCAAAUAUUAAGCUUUCUGUAAGAUUUUCAUUCCAUAUACCUUAUUAUUUUCGCGAUAUUCUCUUUCUCAUAAAUCUUUAUGUUUACAUAAUUACAAAAUAAAUGUGCCAUUUAUAAAGCUGUUCAUACUUAAAUAAAAACGUUGUAUACAUUACUUGAAUGAUUUAGGUCUCUAACAAAGCGUAGUUAACAAUUUCAUACAUUUGUUUAAUAAUUUGAAAUUUAUCCCAUAUAAUAUAUAUUUUGUACAAAAUUCUGUAUAAUUUACAAGUGAUUCUUAUUAUGAACUGAAAUUAUUUUGUUCAUUUAGAAUUUCAAUAUUUGGAAUCAUGAGUCAGUUAGACCGAAACCACCAUGGAAAAACUGGAAGCCCUGGACGACCGUUUCAUCCUAGUAUGAGACUCCUCAGCAGUGCGCAUUCACGACCCCGACCCCCGCGAGAUUCAAAUCCAGGGCCUAUCAGUCUCGCGCGCGAGCGCUUAACAAUUAGACCACUGAGUUGGCCGGCAUCCAACGGUAUUAAUGUCUAACUUCAACCAAUCCACGAAAUCGCGCCACCGUACACCAUUGUCUCCACUGGAGCGUGAUCGUGGAUGCGCACUGCUUGAGGAGUCCAAUACUAGGAUGAAACGGCCGUCCA